AUGCCACCUGCUCGCUCGCGCCGCCCGCAUCUGCUCGCGCGUGCGGCGUGCCCUCGCUGCGGUCGCGCGUGCCCUCGCCUCGUCCGCGGCCCGCUCGGCGGAGCUCACCGGCGCCCGCCCCAUGCCCGGUCGGCUCCAAGCUCGCCGCCCCACGUCCGCAUGCAUGCGCCCGAGUUCACCGCCCGCCCUGUGCCCGAGCUCACCGCCCGCCCCGUGCCCGAGCUCACCGCCCGCCCCGUGCCCACCCUUCUCGCGCCCGGUCUAACCCGUCGUCCGCUACCGAGCUCGGCUGGCGCUCGCGCCCAAGCUCGUCGCCCCGCGUCCGACCGGUCCGAGCUUGCCGGUGCUUGCCCCGCGCCCUCCUACUCGUGCCCGGUCCAUGGUGAACCUCCUUGUCCAUGCGCGCGCACGCGCCGCCAGGAGCCGCGCUCGACCGGUAGCUCCCGCUCGCCUCCUGCGCACCCCAAUUUGCACUCGCGCUAA